GGCUGUCGCAGAUUGUGCAAUUGGCGGAGGCUACGCCAUAUAUGCAUGUGUUCGACAGGGGGUGAAACGAGGAAGUCGUUCAUCCCCGCGGGGUUCCCAACCCGGCCCUUCACAGUUGGGACAACCCAUCAAGCCACUCGAAAACCCCUCCAGUGAUCGCUGACCAGUCGGCUAUUCUAUGAAUUAUCUCCGACCCGACCCCAUUACCCCGUGCUCUGAUUUUCACGUUGCUCCAGCUUCUGCAAAGUUAUGGUUACAUGAGGCUCCGCGCACAGCUCGCAAAUCAGAGAUGGACUUGGCUCCGAAAGUAUUUGUUUAGGCCGCCAUCAAUCACUAUCAAAUCCAACAAGGCGGCCGUCUGGGUGAUGAUCAUUCGUGGGUACGACGAACCGUUGAGUUCAGGUUGCAUUUUGUUGCCCGACGGUGAGGCCGCAACUCGACUACCAAGAAUUCAUCCAAGAGCCGCGUACUGUCCUCUCAUGUUUAUCAGCCCCUUUUCUGGAAAUGCGGGAGACAAACCAGGCAACACAAAGAACAACCCAUGGUGUUUCAUUAGAACCCAAUACCCGGGGAACCCUGCCGAUGUCUCCUAUCAAUGUCCCGUCUGCACCUUGCAUAUUCGAACCAGUCACCCCUUGAAACAUAGGAUCGAGGAAAGCAGCAUGACGAUGCCUUCCAAGCCCGAAAUGUCGUCCGUUCUGUACCUUAUCAAUCUGGCUACCCCGAACCCGUACGUGGCGAGCUCCGAUUCACCUGAAGACCCUCCUUCAUCAAACAAUAGCGGCUUUUUUUCCAUAACGUCAUGCCUUUUCGCUCAAGAAGACUGCCAUCCGUCUAACACGAUUCUCGCCUCGGCUCUUGAUACAAUAUACUACCUCCCCUUGAUUGAGUUGUCAUUUGGGCUGAAGCGGGUUCCUGGUCUCGCUGGACUGGCGAUAUGUGACAGAGACGGAGGCUCAGCUCACUCCGAGCAACAACGGACAUCACUACAUACCCACACUACUAAGCUAGAUACAUGGAUGCCGAGUUUCCGACCAAUGUUUUCUUGUUAUUUUUAUCCCCUUGAUGUCAAGUGGCUGGCUGGUUAUGUUGUUCUUCAGGUACGCUUGCCGGUUAACCUUAUUUCUGUCUGUCCACCAUAUUAGUGUCUCAAGACAAGAUACCACUUCCACAGUCAUCGUAGAUCCGAGAUGCCGGAUUAAGCGCGCUUAGU